CGCAUAAAGAGGUGAGAAGCUACGAUCACAUUGGUGGGAGAGUGUAGUUUUGACUGGGACCCGCAAUACUUGUGUGCAAGAGAACCUCUGGCAGUCAUGGUUCGCAAAAAACUUCACCGCCCCAUUGCGGCCAUGGCCAAGAAGGUCCGGGAGUAUUGGGCUCUAAAGAACCGACCCCGAGACUCCCAACGCUUUGCCUUGGACUAUGAGACCAUGACCCGUCCCUUCACAGGCAAGCGCCUGCCUGUGCUGGCUUGGGAGGACGUGAAGAAUGAAAACCGGCUCUUCACGCUGCUGUGUCGGCUGCACCAUUUUGGCAUCGGUCGCAUGGUGACGCGCAAAUCCUGGCUGUGGCAGUAUGAUGAGCCCUGUUACUGGGUCAUCACCAAAGUGAAAGUGGAUUAUACAGCUGAGAAUAUGGAUCAUGGACAAGCCUGGGGAUACCUAACAUACAGAGGCAAGACAGACAAUGAAAUUAAAGAAAUCCCCAAGGUCAUGUAUCAUGAUUGGCGCAUGGUUCCUAAGCACGAGGAGGAGACCUUUAAGGAAUGUACGCCAGUAGAAGAAGAAACUAUACGGUAUGUCCCCUACCCCCCAUUGCUCCGGGCUAUGAUCUUUGCUCAGAGACAGAAGGAAGGAAAUCUGGACAUGGAAGAGCCCAUGCUGGACCUAGAGCUGCAUACUGCCUUCCAAAAGGAGCAUCUGGAAAACAAUCAGAAACAAACGGAAGGGACGUCAGUGUGAAGAGCUCAGAAUUUUUGUUUUCUGGAUUCUUUGUAUUUAUGUUCAUUUUCUAGAAAAUCACACUAAGAAUAAAUCUAUAAUGGAAAAUACAUUAUGCCAAAUCUCCCACUUUACUAAUUUUGUUCAAUGUAUUGAACUCUGUCAUGAACUAAAGUGACUAUCUGUACAGAGUUAAUGCUUUUAACACCCACAUGUUGAAACAUGUUCGUUGUUUAAAACAAGACCAAUUGAUAUUAAUUAGACUUUCUUCCUGGUCAAGUGUGUUCAGCAUUGCACUGAUAAUUACUGAAUCAAUAGCUAGAAUAACGUGAUUAAAGAAAUUCAAAAUUAAUUCUGUCUAUUUUUAAGCAGAGAGAGGGUUUAAUUACAACUUUCAACUAUAAUAAAAGUAUGUCCAUUCCCUC